AUGCAGAAACCACGAACAAGCACCCCACCAACCGCAGCGAACCAGAGCCCCGCCCCCGAUCAAAAAAACCGGGGCAACAUGCCCAGAAGGACGCCGCUUGCCGAGCCGCACUGCCCGGAACAGCCCCCGGAAAACCCGAGCCCCCGCCUCAACGAAGACGGAGUGGGAGUGGCAUUGGCGUUUUCUUUUUUUCUUUUGGCACCCUCCCGCGCGUUUGAAAAAAAAAGAGGUUAUCUGCCCAACGGGCGCCGCCGGCCGCCCGGGCGGGAGGGUGGAACGUGCCUUCCGCCGCGCCGUGGGCCGGGAGCGCCUUCCACCACCCCCCCCCUCCCCCGCCGCUCCGGAAGGGCAAGACGCCACGGGCCCCGCCCGCCAAACCAACCCAACGAGGGAGGUGGAAAAAAAAAUAGGGAAGACGAAACGCCUGACCUUUUCCCAUUUUCCAAUUGGAACCUCUCGCUUUUGGAUCCGCUCUCUCGAAAAAGUUUCACCCACGAGCCCGUUACCAUUAACGAACGAAAGGGGCGCUGA